CCACUCCCACCCCAUGAGGGGGUAUGAACUUCGCAAGCAUGAUCCUGGGAGUAACCCGGAGCAUACGGGCGUCACAGACAGGAAAAAGGAAACAUUACUGAGAGGAUGGAAGAUAAAGGGAGCAGUCUCCCAGCAGAAGUGGUAGAGGGGUUAAUAUUUAAUUGCAUUUCAUGGAGUCCUUCCCCGACCCUGUCCUGACCCAAAUCCUGGCCGGAUUGCCCGCCGAAGAGCUGGUCCUGGUGUGCCGCUUGGUGUGCCACCAGUGGAAGAACAUCGUGGACGGCGCCGAGAUUUGGCGGAUUAAAUGCCGGAGGGACGGCUUGGCGGAGACGGCGAGAGACGCAGAACGGGGCGGCUGGAAAACCUCGUACUUCCUACACCGGAGGAAGAAAAACCUCAUCAGGAACCACCGGGCCGAAGAGGAUUUGGACUCCUGGGAGGUCGUGGCGAAUGGAGGAGACGGAUGGAACGUGGAGGAGCUUCCCGGAGAUAACGGACGAGACUUUCCUAUCGAAGGAAUCCGUAAAUACUUUGCGACAUCAUUCGAGUGGUGCAGUAAAGCGCAGGUGAUCGAUCUUCUUAAUGAAGGUUACUGGGAGGAACUGCUGGACACGGAGCAGCCGAACAUCGUGAUUAACGACUGGUACGCGGCCCGCACGGACGCGGGGUGUCUUUAUGAACUCUGUGCCCAGCUUCUCUCCGACGACCACCAAGUGAUCACAGAAUACAAGAGCGAGAUGAUCGCCAUUCCUCAAUCUGAUGACGGAGAAUGGACACAGAUCAGCCACACGUUCUCCGGAUAUGGGCCUGGGGUCCGUUACAUCCGGUUCCAGCACGGAGGACAGGACUCUGUUUUCUGGAAGGGGUGGUUUGGUGUCAGGGUGACUAACAGCAGCGUCACCAUCGAGCCGUGACGGGCCUUAACCUGGUGAACGCAGUGUAUGCCCGGCUUCUUCGCCUGCUCGCCCCGCGCAUGUUCAAUGCUCCUGUGCAGCCAACUAUCAAGUUGAUAAGUUGUAUCUACAGGGUAAAGCCACCGGACGACCCUAAAUGUUGGUCUCCCGCCUACGGCAGUCGCCUUCAAACUGCUUUUCACCCAACGCUCGCCAUGAAACCAAAACGCCUUUAUCCAUAAAUCUCAAGUUAUUGGUGAAAAAAACCCAAAACAAUCAAUUAUCAGAAAAAUCUUCCACCUUUUCUUUAGGUGAUGAAGACCAAGAGUAUC